AUGCAGAUCAACAAAAGAAAGAAGAGAGGCGCAAUUGAUUUAGUGGGUAACAUUGCGAAUGCAGUAUUCGGCGUUUUGGAUUCAGAAUACGCUAAAAAUAUGGCGCAGACGAUUCAACAACUAAAAAAUGACGACAAACAUUUGCUUAACCUUUUAAAAAACCAAACUUCAAUUUUAGAUUCUACUCUAAAUAUCAUGAAACGAAAUCAGCAGCAGUAUCAAACAACCUUUGAAUUAACAGUCGAGCGAUUGAACGAUGUAAAGGCAAAAAUGUUAGAAGAGGACAAGGAAAUUUAUAAUUUAAAACUCCACCAAUUUUUCACUGCGAUUUCAACUCAACUACUAAGUGUAACAACAAGUAUUCAAUUUUACGAAUCAGCAAUUUUAGGAGUGUUGACCGACACAAAUCAUGGAAAAAUCAGUCCACUUCUCCUGACUCCAAAGCAACUCAUGAAUGAGGUUACUACAAUGAGGGAACAUCUCAGGUCAACAAUGCAGUUGCCGGUUAACAUGAGCAACAUUUCUGAGCUAUAUUCUCGUAUGACAGUCAGCAGCGGUUUAUUUGAUACCAAAAUGUUGUUUCAAAUAACUCUACCACUAAUCAAUGAUCAGUCCUUUGAUUUAUUCGUUGUUAUUCCCGUUCCAGGGAUCAUAAACGGAGAAUACGUGACAAUCACACCAUGCACGUCUAUGAUGGCAUUCAAUACUCAUAGGAAUGGAUACUUUCCGAUUUCAGAAAUACAGUUGGCACAAUGUGUGUCUUCAAAAAAUGAUAUCUUCAUCUGUUCAGAUACGCAAGAAAUAUAUUCUCUUGAAUCAGGCAAGUGCACUUGCGAAGUAAAUCUAUUUAAUAAUAGUACAUCAUCUUGCACUUGGCAAAGUUUCACAAGUAAUACCUUAUGGAUCCAGUCUGUUGCACAAAAUCAAUGGAUGUUCGUCGCAAGAAACCCUGUAAAGCUAAACUCAGUAUGUGACAAUGAGCAUUCUCAGGUGAUACAGGUUUACUUGAGCUCCCACCAGGGUGCAUACUCUCACAUCAUACGGCAACAAUAA